AUUGUUCGAGAAACAUAACCUUAAAAAUUCAUCGGUAAUAAUUUACAUGGAACGAAUUUGUUGUAUUAAUAAAUCUAAUAAAUAUAAUUUCUCAGUAAUUCCAAUUUAUAUUAUAUUAUAUAUGUAAAAAUGUCUGAGACUAUAAAUGGAAUAUGUCAUUUAAUGUGCCCUCAAAAAGAAAGAUGGAUGAGGGAAAGGGAAGGCUUGCUGCAUCAAUUUGAGAUAGAUGAAAAAACAAAACAUUCAAAGAAUCCAAAAGCGGAUCCAAGAAAGAUAAUCAAAAGUUAUUCUCGUUCAGCUGCAGGCCAAAUAAUGACGGAUCCAAGUUCCUUACGACCAGGACCUGUAUUGUUAUCGACAAUUAAAUAUUUGUUUACAAAAAUAGUAACACGCACAGAUGUAGAUUGGAUACACGUAUAUGAUUUCGCAUUUGACCGAUUACGAGCCAUUAGGCAGGAUUUAGUAAUUCAAAGAAUUGAUACGACUAUGAGUAUUCAAAUUUUAGAACCCAUAAUACGGUUUCAUACUUAUGCUAGUCAAAGGCUAAGUGAACGAAAUAUAAACGAGUAUAAUCCUAAAAUAAAUGAUCAGCAUUUGCUGGAAUGUAUGACUCAAUUGUUGGUUUUGUAUGAUACGUUGAACAGGGAAAGGGAGUUAGAAAUUAACGAAGAAAUAAAAGCAAUUACAUUGAUCGAUAACAGAGUUGAAAUGGAAGCAUUGUAUAUUCUUCUAAACAUUGGAGAUGUAUCUGGAUUGAACAGAGCAUUAAUUCUUCCUGAAAAAUUAAGAAAAUCCGAAGAAGUUAAAUUAGCUACGAAGAUUUCUAUAGCUUGGUACUUAAAAAAUUAUGUACGAGUAUUUCGAUUAAUAGAAAAACUCCGUCCAAUAUUUGUAUGUGCUGUGAUGUGCAAUUUAAAGAGUUUGAGAAGAAAUGUGUUACAAAUUAUGAGUUCAGGAUAUAAUAGUAAAAAUCUUACAUUUCCUGGAUUGAAAUUACAAGAGCUCUUAUUGUACAAAGAUGUAGAAAAACUUAAAAAGGACUGUGAAUUAUUUAAUUUAAAAUUUACUAAUGAAAAUGUUUUGUUUCAAAAAACAUCGUUUAAUAAUCAAAUAUUGUUGGCAAAUAGCGAAAUGUAUUACACAUCUCAAAAGUUACACAAGUUCUUGCCAAAUAUACUUCUGGGAUCUUCGUGACGACAUAGUUAUUCAAAAAAUGGUAUAAUGUGUUCUCAAUUCUUCAUUACAAAAUUGUUUAUUUACAAUAACAUAAAUAAUAUCGUAAAUAAAAAUAAUCAU